AUGCCUCCCUCGGCGCAAACAACCAGACUAGUAUCUACCCUCCGUCUCCUUAUCCCCCGUCUCCGCCUACUCCAGAAGAAGGACAACGCAUCAUCCGUCGUCCAGCGUCGCGAACUUUCCCAACUCCUCAGCGAAGGUCGUGAAGCUUCCGCGCGCAUCCGAGUCGAAAAUGUCAUCGCAACCGAUACCGCAGUCGAGGUGAUGGAGAUGGUGGAGCUUUACUGUGAGCUGCUACUUGCGCGAGCCAACGUGUUAGAUCAGCUCGCGUUCGGCGAAUCGGGGACGCGUGCGCGAUUGCGUGCCAAGGAACAGUACAAGAAACACAUGCAGGCACAGGCUGGUGCAGCGGCAGCAUCCAGUGGAGCGAAACCAGCAGAGAGCUCAGUUUCUCGAUUCGGGUUCUCCUGGCUCGGAGGAUCUCAAAAGAAGGAGACCGGUCAUGCAGCCUCUGGUAGUCCUGGCGAGGUCUCCGGAGAUCCGCUCACAGAUGAGGAGGACCCCUACAUGGAUACUGCACUAGACGAGGCCGCCGUGGCUAUCUUUUACGCCUGGCAUCGCUUCCCACACGAGUUACGCGAGCUUACCAUGCUCCGGACCAUGCUGGGUGAGCGAUAUGGCAAGGAAUUCAUGUCACUGGCACAGGAAAACAAGGUGGAUUUUAUCAAGGUGCCGGAUCGACUCCAGAAAGGGCUGCGCGUACGGCCGCCGGGACAAGAACUGGUCGAGAGCUACCUGCGGGAGAUCGCGAGGGCAUACGGUGUUGCAUGGCCACCAGGCGAAGAGGACCUGGAUGUACAAGGAGAGCUCGGAGACGCGCCGCCGGAAUUCGUGGAAGACUCUAAAGAUGAAGGUGGCCAUGACGAGGGUGGUGAUUUACCAGCGACUCCAACCAAACAGGAUGCUGCGUCCCGACCAGAUCUGGGCGAAAUGAGGCGCGCCUCCGAUACUAGCGAAUUGAACAAAGCCACUCCCCCGCGCGGUCUUGCAGCAGGCCGGAGUCCCGUCAGUGUCGCGCCGCCAGCACCCAGAACCGAUAAUCCAAACCCACAUGUCAAAAUCCCCGGGGAGGGGGAAACCAAGGCAGCCCCAGGCCAGACGGGAGGGCAGAGAAAGAACAGUAAUAACGGGAUCCCCGAACUGGACGAAUUGACACGGAGGUUUGCAGACCUCAAGAGAAAACCCUGA